AGGGGGUGCUUUUUUGCCUUAGCGGUGCUUGGCUGAGGGAUGGCGGGUCGUAAGUUGAAGGAGGCUAUCCUGGCGGCACAGGAGCUGGCGAUAGACGAAGUGGCCAAUGAGGAGCAGGAGACCUGGUCACACCUGCACCUCAAACAACGUGUCCUCCUCAGCAAGGACUCCCACGGCAUCUACAGCGUCCAGUUCUCUCCUGACGCCCGGCAGCUGGCCGUGGGCUUCGGUAACGGAGCCGUUCAGGUUCUGAAUGCCAGGACGGGCCAGCUGUUCUCUGACGUGUUCACCGGGCAGCGGACACGCCAGGCAGUGACCUCUCUGAGCUACCACCCUGAAGUCAUCAAUCUACUGGUCACGGCUGGGGCCGACGGCAUCAUCUCCAUCUACAACACGGAGAGCAAGAAACGGCUGGUCAACAUCAGAGAGGAAGACAACGAGAUCAACGCCCUGGAUUUCUGCCUGGACGGCAGUGUGUUUGCCACGGCUGGGAAAGAUCGGAACAUCCGGCUGUACGAUAGCAAAACCAACCAGAUCCUGAAGAUCUUGAAUGCCCCGGACAUCACAACGAGAGACGAACUGAGCCUGAUGAGCGGACACUCACGGAGAAUCUUUGCCCUGUGUUUCCACCCGGAGGAAUAUCACCUGUUUGCGACCGGGGGCUGGGACGACUCCGUCAAGAUCUGGGACAAGCGACUGGAGAAGGAAGCUCUGAAGAUGAUGAACGGCCCCCACAUCUGUGGGCCCAGCCUCGACAUCAAGGGCAGUAAGCUGCUGACGGGUUCCUGGGUGCCCCACGAUGCUCUCCAGCUGUGGGAUUUCCGCAGCCUGAAGCUGGAGAAGCCCAUUCCCUUCCCGGUGGGCUCCGGGCAGAAUGAGUACCUGUAUGCCGCUCGCUUCUGUAACUCCCAGGUCGCGAUCGCGGGGGGCAGCGGGACCACCAGUGCCCACGCCAUCAACUACCAGACCACCCAGGAUCUCGGUGAGAUCGAGUUGGGCGGGAACACAGUGCAGACAGUGGAGAGCGCCUUAGGGGGGCAGCUGGUGGCAGUGGCCGGGAUCGGGGGCAAUCUGCACAUCGCUUCCCUGACGUGA